UAGACCCGGAAGUCUGUCAAGUUUUGUCGGUCUGUUCUGUUUUGGUUGUUUAUCAACAAUAAAAAAAAAAGCCAUAUUUGUUGAAUACGGUGCGAGGCGGCUUGUCAGUCGUGUAGAUUUGCAGAUUGAAGUCGGUUCAUCGUUAGAAAUAUCAGCUGCAGUUUUGUGGAACUCACCUUAGGCCCUGCUCCUGCGAGCGAUGGAGGAGCUCUACACUUUAGAGAAGGAGGUAGGACGAGGCAGCUAUGGCGUGGUCUUUCAGGGCCAUAUGGCCAAAACAGGACAGAGGGUGGCUAUCAAGCGGCUGCCCUGCAGCAAUCCAGAAUGCAUUGAACUCUACCUGCAAGAGCUGUGGGCUAUGAGAGCCACUGCCAAGAACCAUGUCAAUGUCAUUGCACUUCACAGCUGCCUUGUGCAAACUGGGCCAAGAAGCCUGAAGCCCCUAAAACCAGGGAAACUGCCUGUACGUCUUGUUGAGAGCGUGCUGAAAGGCAGUGUAGUCAGAACACCAGAGAGUCAGGAAAGAAAUGAUGCCCAGUCCAACAGCCAGAGGAGGUCUAACUCUGUCUCUAGACUUCAGGACAGGACCAACACAGUCCAGGCCAGGGCAAAACCCCAGGACAAAUCUAAAUCAAAUGCAUCUGAUUCUACAACCCCACAAAGACCUCAAAACAGAGCCAGAAAGAGACCGGCUGAGAGAGAGGAAGAGCAGCCAGGACCCCUGCACUGCUUGGCCCUGUGGCUCGUGAUGGAGUACUGUGAUGGGGGUGACUUGAAUCAGUACCUGCUCUCCAGGCCCCCGGAAGCCCAGCGUAACCACAGUGUGGUGCGACAGCUCUGCAGUGCUGUGGCUUUCCUGCAUAGCCUCGGUAUCACCCACCGAGACCUGAAGCCUGACAAUGUGCUCGUCUGUGUCACACCAAAGGGCCCUGUCGUCAAGGUGGCAGACUUUGGUCUGAGCAAGAUGAGUGAAGGUCUGGUGGACGGGGAUCUGACCAGGCAGCACUUCUCGUCCACCUGUGGCUCUGACUUCUACAUGGCUCCAGAGGUGUGGGGUGGACUGACCUACACAGCCCAGGCCGACAUCUUCUCCCUUGGUGUGUUGUUCUGGGCGGUUCUGGAGAGAAUCACCUUUCUGGAAGAAGGAACCACACAGGAACAACUGGGUGCCUUCGUGUGUAAGGGUCGCUCGGGCUGGUUGAUGCCGCUGGGGGAAGCUUUGUGGGAGAACGCCGACCUCCAGCUGUGUAUCCCUAUGAAGUUUAAGAGGGCGCCCCCGCUGCCACCCCCUCCUGGCCCAGCCAUGUGCGCUCUGCUUUUAGACAUGCUCGCCUCAAACCCAGAUGCUCGGCCUCUGGCAGACCAGCUGGAGGCCAGAGUGCGCUCCGCUCUCAAAGAGGACUCCCACUGACACAAAGUGCGCUUAAGCAGCCAUUAUGGCUAUAACCACUGUAGCCACUACAUGGAAAUAUUGACUGCAGACCCCCCGGACUGCAGAGCUUCCUAUAUGUGUAAACAAUAGCCACUUUGCUGCGACUGGGAAGUGGGGAUAAGAAAUGUGUAUGAUUAUAUGGGAUUGUAGGUGCUAUUUUUGUCACUGAAACAGCAGCCCAGUUUAUAAACCACAUAAAGGGAAAAUAGGCUUGAACUAGAUGAGAUCCUCUCGUAGAAACCAGUCCAUUGACCUUGGACCCCUGGGCUGCACUGCAGACAAAACACGCAAUGAUACUCAAACAAGUCCAUAAAGGGAUCUAGUGGGACUUGAGCUGUGUUUCCUCUAAGCACCACGCUGUUCAGGCCUUGAUUGUUUGAUAUAAAGAAAUCAAUUUUAGUGUGUACAGAGCUGAGAUGAAACACAAGGGAUGAUUGAUGCUAUUGCUUGUUAAACAGAUCUGCAGGGUUUUGGUGACUUCUCAUUAUCUCAACUUUAUUUUGGGUUUUCAUUCAGACUUGAUUUUUGGACAUUGAUGUUUUUACUUGUUAUUUCUUUUGUUUUUGCCUCACACUGAUGUAGCAUGGACUGAACAGUCCAAUGGGCUUCCACAUAUCUAUAUAUCUAUCUUCCACAUAAAUAUAUAAAGAAAGUCCAUAGCAACACAAUGCAAAACAAUAG